AAAAUAAUGGCAGAUUUUUGGAAACCUACAGCUGAAUUAUACAGUGCAUUAUUUGAAAAGCCAAAAAUGUCAUAGAAAUUACUUGAGAAGCCUCCAUUUAAAUAUAUAUUUGAUAUAAUAAUGGAAACAACUAAAUAAACAGGUUUCAAAUUUAAAUUUAUAUUAGGUUAUGGAAAGGGACUUUAUACAGGAGAUGAAUUGGAUGGAAAUACAUAUGAUAAUAAAGAUAAGAAGCUUUAAUUCUUAUAAAAAAUAAUAGAUUUGACAUCUAUGAUGUUAAAAGAGGAGAUAGCUGCAAAGCCUGGUAAAAUAGCUGCAGGUUUAGAACCUGAGAAUACAAAUCUAUUAUUAUAAGCAAUAUAUAGAGCAGCUGUAAGUGGUAAAAAUAGUGAUCCAUUUGUAAAGAAAGUAUUAUUAUUGUAUAAUGAAUAUUAAGAUUUUAGGAGGAGGAGGAGCAAAAGAUCCUGAACCUUAAAAAAAAGAAUAGCCUAAGUAAGAACCAAAAGUUUAAUAACCUCCUCCAAAAGAAUAAGCAGCACCACCAUAAGUAAAAGAGGAAAAGAAACCUGAAGAAAAAAAAGUAGCUCCACCAAAAGAAGAUCCAAAACCAAAAUAAUAAGUAUAAUAACAACCAGUUUAAUAACCAAAAGAAACUUAAAAAUAAUAAUAAUAACCUCCUCCUUAAUAAUAAUAAUAAUAAACAUAAGAAGGAAAUGUAAGACCUUCUACUGCUAAAAAAAGACCACCUUAAUUACCUAGUAAUCAAGUUUAAGUUGAUUAAAAUUAAAAAAAAGGAGGAACAGCUAAUGUAAUUAUAGAAGGUAAAGGANUAACUUAUCAUAAAAAUUGA